UGUAUGACUCAUUUUUCUUAAUCUCAUUUGUUCCAGGCAAUAUUUCGCAAAGCAAGAAGCCUUCAUCUUGAUGUCAUAACAGAAGGCAUUGAGAAGAAAAUAGUACGUAUGCUCAUAUCCACUGCUCUCUUACCAGCUGACAGAAUAGAAGAGGCAUUUGAAGAGGUUAAGAAUCUUGCGAAAGAAAAAGGGCUAGAGAACAAAAUGGAUUCUUUUUUCAGUUACUUCGAAACAUUUUGGAUUGGAAAGAUUACACCUGCUUCCUUUUCGGUUUUCGGUGCUCAAAAUCGCACAAAUAAUGUCCAAGAAGGAUUUCAUCGAGCUCUGAAUGGACUCAUUGAUUCAAGAAGACCUGAUGUAUGGGAUUUGCUCUCAUGCCUUUUAGACCUCUUGAGUGAUGGCAAUGAUCUUCACGAUCAACUGGAAUGUGGCGUAAUAUCUGCGGCACCAAGAAGAGGAAAAUGGCUGUUGCAGGAUCAUAUUGUGAAAUCAAAACAAAAAUUAGUCGCCUCGGGAGCCUGCACAUUGCUCGAAUUUAUGUCAGCCAUGUCCUACAGAGUUGGGCAGUGCGUACAAAUGCGCAAAAAGAGGAACACCGUAACCCUCGAUGAGAAUGAUAUGGGGCCACUAGAUGCCCCCGCUGAAAGUGAUCUUGACGAAUCAGAAAAUUCCGAAGGAGAGGAAAGUGAAGACGCAGAUGAAGCUGCUGAUGAAGAGGAAGAAGAAGAUCACGAAGAGCAAGAUGUUGAAGAUGAUGAUGAUGACGAUAAUGAUGAUGAUGAUGAUGAUGAUGAUGAUGAUGAUGAUGAUGAUGAUGAUGAUGGUAAUGAUGAUGGUGAUGAUGAAGAGGGAGGAGGUGCUGAACCUGAAGAAGAAGAUGGAGAUGCCGAAGAAGAAGGAUUGGAAGAAGAUGAUUUCGAAAGUGAAGCAGAUUAUGCACAAAACAGUGAAGGAGAAUAUGAUGAAAGUGAAGAAGAUGAAGUAUCAAACUCCCGUAGAGGCUUAUUUCUUCGUUCUGGAAGGAUUAUUGGUGCAGAUACUCGAACACCGUUACCAUUAGCACCAGCAUCUUUAGCUACUAUUUCUGCGCCCAUGGCUCUUGUACCAUCUGCACCAGUACCGUCAGCACCUGUACCAUCUGAACUUGAACCUCCAGUACCUGCACCCUCUUUACCUGAACCUCCAGUACCCGCACCCCCUUUACCUGAACCUCCAUUACCUGGACCAUCUGCAUUUGGGCUUUCCACGUUUGGAUCUUCAAGGCCCAGAUCCACCCUAAGUGGACCCUCCGCGCUUGCACCUCGCCAGAGUAGAAGAUUACAAGGUUCUCGAAUCGUUUCCUCAACUACGACUACACCUGCACAAGUACCUUCACCCUCUGCAUCUGUGCCUGGACCCUCUGGAAUUGCGCCUGGACCCUCUGGAAUUGCGCCUGGACCCUCUGGAACUGCACUCCGUCAGAGUAGGAGGAUACAAGAAGCUCAGCAACGAGUACGCCAGGUUCCGCAAUUCGUACCUCAAAAUGGGCCGCGGAUGAGACAAAGGACUCGAGCAAUUUUACAAGCUGCUGCUAACUCUCAGUCUGCUGAACAAGAAGUUCUAGAAGCAUUUGAGAGAGGAAAUAUUGCAAAUGAUGAUCCUCGCAUAGUGGAAGGUGUGGCUAACCUCUAUGCAGAGUAUCAGCGAUUUUUCCCACAACCUAUUGAUACCUCAGACUCGGAUGAUGAUGCACCUUCAGUUUAUCAGAACACUGCUACACUGAAUGCUCAAAAGAUUCCAAAUCUUCCAGACUGGAGCAUCGGCUCCGUGAUUUACAAUGAGGGAACCAGAUGGAGCCAAGCCGACUCCAUAAAACAACAAACGAUGCUCCGGCAGGGCUUCGCAGGGCCGCAAGAGGAAAUUCGCCCCUCUGUAGAAGGAGGGCUGAACUGUUUGGUCUGCAUGGAAAACCUGGCGACGAGGUUGACAGUUCCAUGCGGUCACAUAACACAUUGUGUUAUGUGCGCAUGGAUCGAAGUGUCAAUGCCUUGUCGUUCAGGUGUUUCAGGCAGACCAAAACCGGCAUACUGUUGCAAAUGCAGGACGAUUGCGCAACGGUAUGUCCGGGUAUUUAUGUAAAUAGUUUUCUGAUGGUAUUUUUGUAUUUUUCCUUAUCGUAUUUUGUCUGUAUAUUUCUUUGUAUAUUAUUGUAUUAUUAUUUUUUAUGUCCAUUU